AUGGAACCUCAAUCUCACGGUAAGCUUCUGAUGACGGCGGGAGUUCAUGUCCAAAGGUCUACAACCUACACUUCCCUCCUUCGAGCUGGGCCGCGACUGAAACCACUCCAGCAAGUUCACGCCUACAUAAUCGCAUUAGGAUCUAGUAACAGCCGCUCCCUCCUCACCAAGCUCCUAACUCUGGCUUGCAAUGUCAGCUGCUCCGUUUCCUAUACUCACAAGAUACUCAUCUCCGUCCCAAAUCCGGACGCAUUCCUCUUCAACACUCUCAUCAGAUCAACCUCCAGGUCCCAACGUUUAUCUGCACAUGCCCUGUAUUACUAUUCGUGCAUGAUCAUGUUUAACAUUGAGUCCUCGAAUUAUACUUUCACUUAUGUUAUCAAAUCUUGCACAAGUUUGUUAAGUCGAAAGCACGGUAGGAUAGUUCAUGGACAUGUUUUGGUUAAUGGGUACGGAACAUAUGUGUAUGUACAAUCUGCGCUGGUGGCUUUCUACACCAAGGUCGAGCAGUUGGGUGAUGCGGGCAAGGUGUUUGAGAAUAUGCCAGAGAGAAGUGUUGUGGCUUGGAAUUCUUUGAUCUCAGGGUAUGAGCAACAUGGGCUUGCAAAAGAGUCAAUUGAUUUGUUUGAUAGGAUGAGGGAAACGGGUUCUGUUGCGCCGGAUGCUACUAGAUAUGUGGUUGUGUUAGCAGCUUGUGCGCAGUUAGGGGGCCUAGGGCUGGGUCGUUGGGUACACGACUAUGUGGUCAAAAAGGGUUUGGUUGUGACUGUGGUGCUUGGGACUGCUUUGAUCCAUAUGCAUGUUGCACUCUUGCAAGGGCGUGCUGGACUUCUUAGCGAAGCAUAUAAGUUCGUUCAGGAAUCAGUUCCACCAUACCCUGCUCCUCCAAUUUGGACUGCAAUGCUUGGGGUUUGCAAGAUGCAUAAGGAUUUCGAUCUCGGAGCAGAAGUCGCCGAGCACCUUUUAGCAAUCGAACCGGAAAACCAUGGUCACUAUGUCAUGCUCUCCAACAUAUAUGCUUCAGCGAGAAGAAUGGACCGGGUGGAAAUGAUUAGAGAUAAAAUUAUCAACAAAUCGUUACGAAAGAUAGUCGGGUAUAGCAUCAUAGAGAUUGAUGGUAGAUCGUACUUGUUUAGCAUGGGGGACAAGUCUCAUCUCGAGUCGAAUGCCAUUUUCAAUUAUUUAGAUGAACUGAUAUCGAAAUGUGCAGAAGCAGGCUACAUAUUUGUAAUGGAAUUGGUGAUGCAUGAAGUAGAAGAGGAAGAGAGGGAAUAUGCACUUAGGUACGAAAGCGAGAAGCUUGCAAUUGCUUUCGGUUUGCUGAAAACUGCCCCUGGAUCCACCAUCAGGUUAGUCAAGAACAUCAGAAUGUGGGAGGAAAGCCAUUCGGCAAUCAAAUACAUCUACGUUAUUACUGGAAGGAAUAUAGUUGUUCGUGAUAAGCUACGCUUCCACCAUUUCAAAGAUGGCUCGUGCUCUUGUUCGGAUUACUAG